AUGAUGAAAGCCGUCGAAGUCCUGGGCACCAAAGCCAAUCCCGAAGUCACGCUCAACCCCGCCGUCCCCCAGCCAUCACCAAAAAAUGGUGAGAUUCUCAUCAAGGUCCACGCUGCGGGGCUGACCGGAGACGAAAUCACCUGGUGGGAGCUGUGGGAGCAUCCCAUCCGCAUUCCGGGCCACGACAUCUCUGGAGAAGUCGCUGAGCUGGGACCGGAUUACAAAGGAGACCUGAAGGUUGGAGACGAAGUUUACUCGAUGAUUCACGGAUGGAGGGGGCUGGGACAAGCAGAGUAUGCCAUCGUGGAGAGCGAUGAAGUUGCUAGGAAACCAAAGUCUUUGACCCACGCUCAGGCGUCUGCGCUGCCAAUUCCUUUGCUGACUGCUUGGGAAUCUAUUUUUGAGCGCGCCAAUUUACAGAAGGGGCAGAAACUCCUUGUCACUGGAGCUUCUGGGGCAGUGGGCGCCAUCGUUGUGCAGAUGGCCUCUCGACUGGCUGGCGUUGAAGUUGUUGCUCUCGCGAGCGCACAACACCACGAUUCAUUAAAAGCACUCGGCGCCAGCCAAGUUGUUGAUUACAACACCCCUAAUUGGGAGGAUACGGUCUCAGAUGUUGAUGUCGUUAUCGACACCGUUGGAAAUCCAGUCUUGGCCAAAACUUGGAAGACGGUAAAAAGCAAUGGCCACAUCAUCACAGUGGGACAGCCUCCUGCAGCAUGGGAGUACGGAAAGGGUCGACCUGAAGAGCUGGACGAUUUCCCUAAUGUGAAGUGGCUCUUCUUCGUUGUCACGCCGAAAACUGAAACGCUGGAGAAGGUGGCGCGAUUGAUCGAUGAAGGGACGAUUAAGCCUAUUGCCGUUGAGGUUUUCCCUCUUGAUCAAGUGGUUCAGGCACAUAAACAUGCUUCGAUACGGAACAGAAAAGGAAAAGUCGUCAUUGAGUUUGUACCUGAAAAGAAUUGA